CCUGGCGACCCGCAACCUUACCUUCGGUUUUGUCCCCGCUGGCUUUCCGUAGUUGAACAGGCUCCGCGGUUAGCUUCUCAGGACUUAAACCAGUUCCUCGGGGGCCGGGCAGUUGGCGGCCUGGUGCGCGGAGGACGGGAGGGACAUGGACGAGGAGGAGCCGCCGCCGCUCUCCCAGCUGAGCGAAGACAGCGGCAACGUCUCGCAGAGCCACAGCAACACCUCCGGCCUCGGCGACGAGGGAGCGGCGGCCGAAGGAGAGCUGUUGCUGGCGGCAACGGCCGCGGCCGACUACGCCGCCUACCUGCUGCAGCCGCUGGACGGAACCGCCCCAGCCGGGCAGGUCAGAACCUUAGACAAGAAUCUGGAAGACUUGUUGACCAGGGUAGAUGAGUUUGUGGGGAUGCUCGACAUGAUUCGAAAUGACUCCUCUCAGAUAGUUAAUGAAAGUGUGCCACAUAUUCAUGCAAAAGCUAUGGAAAUGAGGCAGCUGUAUAGGAAGAUAGACAAGCUGGAGGCCUUUGUAAAAAUGGUCGGAAAUAGUGUGACUGGGAUGGAAGAACGUAUCACAAAGGCAGAAUCAGACCUUGGAACUUUUCCAAAUACUUUCAAAAAACUGUUACACACAAUCAAUGUGCCAUCCUUUCUUAAUAAAUCAUCUUCUUCAAGACCGAAUCAAACACUUUAUGAACCUCCUGACCUCUUCAAAACUGAAGAUUACUUUCCCUCUCUGCGUGAAACACAGUAUAUGUGAUUUAAUGGACAGUGAUACUCUAAAAAUAUAUUCAACGACAAGCUACAUACGGAUCUUCCUUUAGAUUGCAUGUCUUUGAAAGUUAUGGCCUGCUACCAUUCUGUGAAGUACAGACAUACUUCAGCUUCAUUAUCUGUAAAAUGCAUUGAUUUUCCCAUUGUUCCCAAAGUGUAACAUAUAUACUCCUGAUGAGCAGCUAGCCUUAUCUGUAGGCCACUUUUGAGUAAGACAAAAAGGAGUUAAGCGCAUCAUUAUCAUGCCCACCCAAGUGAUCUGCUGGGGAAACUAGGUGAGACACUAUCUUCCUUCAUAACUGUCUGCUGCCAGCCACCUACCUCUAGUACUACUCUAAGGCUAAAACAUGGAGGUGGGGGCUUGCAAAGAGCAGGGAGCUCAUCUGUGGCUCAUAUUUGGGGGAUAAGGAUGGACAGACAAGAGAAAACAAUUAUUUUUUGUACUUUCUCCAUUGAAGUAACUGAAGAUAGAGGUUUGGAUGGAUUUAUAGGCAACAAAUUGUCAAAUAAUGAUAUACUUUUCGUUUAAUUUUAAUUUGGGAAUGUGGAGUAAUGAAAUGUACAGAUCCAUCUGCAGUUAAGAGAGAAAUAAUUUUAGUAGAAAGAACAGAUAAGAUCAAAUGUACAUUUUAUAUUUUGUUUUGGAUUUUGCUGCUGCUGGUAUUAAUCCACAUACCACAGGACUUUUUUUUUAAAAAAAAUUGUUUUGUGGUAAUUUAAGUGCAAUAGGACCAAAACUAUGCAUUCAUGUCCCUAAUGAAUGGGUCUGGAAUCUGUUCAACAUCCUGAGGGAAAAUACACUGUAUUUGAACAAAGA